ACACUGCCUAUUUGUUCAUAGUAGGCAGUAAGCUAUUUCGGGUUUUGCUUGAGCACUUCUGUCUAUCGAGGCUUCCAAAUCAUGAAAUGAGGCAGAGAGAUGAGCCCAUUCCUUUCCCCGUCCCCAGUUUCAACGGGAAAUUGCACCAUGGCUUUGAAAUACGGAACCUAUCCAUAGGUCUUCCCGUAUUUGCAUUUGUAAUGCCCCCUCACCAACCACCCCAGCGAGGAGAUAAAUACCCAUGAGAUCUCGCAAUCGAGCCCGCCGGUAUAAUCCACCAUUCUAUCAGACAAACCAGACCCACAUUGAAUUGAACCUCCAAAAUCAACCACCAUGACCACCACCGAAACCCCAGUGGUCCUCCUUCUCGGUGCCGGCCGCAACAUCGGCCAGCACACAGCCCAGCACUUCGCCGCCAAGGGCUACCGCGUCGCCCUCACAGCUCGAAACGUCAACCCCGACGACAGUACGGAGACCCAGCUCCAUAUCCAAUGUGACCUCGCCGACCCACCGGCCGUGCAUGACGUCUUCUCGCGCGUGAAGACUACCCUUGGAGUGCCAAGCGUGGUCAUCUACAAUGCCUCCAGCUUCACCCUAACCGACGCCGACGAUGUUUUCAACAAAGUCGCUCCCGAGCAAUUCGCCCGCGAUCUGAACGUCAACAUCGCCAGUGUUUUUGUCGCCGCCAAGCUGGCGGUUGAAGGAUUCGAGACUUUACCUGCUUCCGCAGCACGGACGUUCCUUUAUACGGGGAACGCCCUGAACACGGUUGCUGUGCCUCCGUUCUUCACGUUGGGGAUCGGGAAGUCGGCUACGGCGCAUAUGAUUGAGUGUGCGGCGAUCGCUUACCGGGAAAAGGGAUACAAGUUCUACUAUGUUGACCAGCGAAACGCGGAUGGGUCAUCUUCACCGCACAUCGAUGGCGAGGCACACGCGCAGAUAUUUGCAGAGCUGGCCGAGAACCCUGAUCAACAACCGUGGCAACAGACGUUCGUCAAGGGAGAGGGGUACAAGGUAUUUGGCAAGGGAUUCUUGAGCAACUGAUUCCGACUGCUACCAGUUACACUAUAUACCGUCCCAAGUUCUAUC